AAACCUCCUUCCCACCUUCAACAAUACCAUUGCAACCUGCUUCAACAGCUUUCUUCCACCAGUCAUCCAAGUCAGCAGCAGACUCCAGGUAUCACCUACCCUCUCUCUUCUGUAUUGGAUUAUUCUAAUCUCUCACUCAACCAUCAGAACUUUGUCUUGAGCAUUUCUUCUCAAAAAGAACCACAGACUUACAAAGAGGCAUGCCAGUAUCCUGAAUGGAAUGAAGCAAUGGCAGUUGAAACUACUGCUCUUGAGGCCAAUCAGACAUGGGAUGUUGUUGAACUCCCUCCUGGUAAAAAACCAGUAGGGAACAAAUGGGUUUACAAAAACAAGCAUCUUUCUGAUGGCAGUUUAGAGAGACAGAAGGCUAGGCUGGUUGCAAAGGGUUACAGUCAACAGGAGGGGGUUGAUUAUCAAGAUACAUUUGCUCCAGUAGUCAAAAUGACUACCAUUCGACUAUUCCUAGCAAUUGCUGCUGCUCAGGCUUGGCAUGUUCACCAACUAGAUGUGAACAAUGCCUUCCUACAUGGUGAUCUAGACCAGGAAGUCUACAUGAAGCUUCCCCCUGGUUACAUUCCACCACCUGGCUUCAAGAAUCCUGUAUGCCGCCUAAAAAGUCUAUCUAUGGCCUCAAACAGGCCUCACGUCAGUGGUUCACUAAGCUUGCUGAUAAGCUACAGUCUCAGGGUUAUAUGCCUAGCAAGGUUGAUCAUUCACUUUUCUACAAAUCAUCAGACCUGCUACUACACCUAUGGACUACAAAGUUCAUCUAUCUGCUGAGCACACUGAUCCCUAUCAUGAUCCAGAAGAGUACAGGAAGUUGGUAGGAAAAUUGAUCUAUCUCACCACCAC